AUGACGACGCUAAGGAAAUUAAGGUCUUCAGCCCAGGGAUGUUUAUGUUAACGCAAAGCCUGGUCUGAUUCAGCUCCUCCUCAUCAAAAUGAUGUUUUCUCCCCUCUCUCUGUCUCAGGAUGAGUUCCAUCCGUUCAUUGAGGCUCUGCUGCCCCAGGUCCGUGCCUUCGCCUACACAUGGUUCAACCUCCAGGCCAGGAAAAGGAAGUACUUCAAAAAGCAUGAGAAGAGGAUGACUAAAGAAGAAGAGAGAGCGGUUAAAGACGAGCUGCUGGGGGAGAAGGCAGAGGUGAAACAGAAGUGGGCCAGCCGCCUUUUGGCCAAGCUGAGAAAGGACAUCCGACCUGAAUGCAGAGAAGACUUUGUCCUGUCCGUCACCGGGAAGAAAGCAGCGUGUUGUGUCCUGUCGAACCCCGACCAGAAAGGCAAGAUGAGACGCAUAGACUGUCUUCGACAAGCUGACAAGGUGUGGAGGCUGGACCUGGUGAUGGUCAUCCUGUUUAAAGGAAUCCCAUUGGAAAGCACAGAUGGAGAGCGGCUUGUGAAGGGAGGCCAGUGCUCCAACCCGAUCCUCUGCGUCCAGCCUCGACACAUCUCAGUCUCCGUCAAAGAGCUCGACCUUUACCUCGCUUACUACGUACAGGAGAGAGAGGCAGACCAGAGCAGCAGUCCCAGUCGUACAGGAGUGGGUUCGGAUCAGGAGGACAGUCGCACCACGACCAUGGAUGGUCCUGAGUUCCAGGAGAGUUUUGUGACAUCAGGAGUUUUCAGUGUCACUGAGCUGGUCCAGGUUUCAAGAACUCCAGUCGUCACAGGAGUAGGACCUAGUUUCUCUGUGGGGGAGCUCCAGGGUCAUCUGGCCUAUGACCUCAACCAGUCUGUCAACCAGUCUGUCAACCAGCCAGUUAGCCUCAGACGAUCACUGGCCAGCACCUCAUCCAGCGGCAGUAAACGUCAUAAGUCUGGCUCUAUGGAGGAGGAGGCUGACAGUCCAGGAGGGGAGUAUUACCACUCGCCUUCCUCCCCUGCCAGCAGCUCCAGGAACUGGACAGACGACAUGGAAGGAGGUCUGUCUCCUCCAGUGAAGAAGGCAGAGAUGGACAGUCCCUCUCCCCAGGAAGACUCACCAAGACUGGGCUCCUUCACUCAGCACCACCGGCCAGUCAUAGCUGUUCACAGUGGUCUGUCUCGGAGUACCCACCCCUCCUCCUCUCUUCAUUUCCCAUCAUCCUCCUAUUUCCCCCAUGGAGCAAUCCGCUAUCCUCCUCACCUGGCCCAGGACCCCCUGAAAGAUCUGGUCUCAUUGGCCUGCGACCCUGCCAAUCAAACCCCCAGCUCACUCAACGGCAGCAACCAGAUUAAAGUGCCCAGUCACUACAUCUCCUCUCAGAUGUUGGCACCACCUGGACCGGCACCCUCCCUGGCCCCUCCCCCAUCCUCCCUCCCCAGGCCGACGCUGCCCGCAGAGUCGAAGGCCACCACCACCUCCUCUGACGGGGGAGCAAACUCCCCAACGUCACCCAGUAAGUGCUCAAAACACUAA